AUGCCAUUGAGAAAGUGGCUUAGCAGAACAUCGUCCUGGUCCAGAAGAGAACAGCCUCAAGUCGCACCUGAGGCUGAAGAUUUCCAAAGAUCGCCAGCUUUUACGCCUAUUACAGCUUCGAUAGAUCGACAGUACAGGACUGCUGUUCCAACUACUCCCACCACUCCCUCAACUGUUCCUUUCGACUUUCAUACGACAGAUACUGGUAGCAACUUCGGUCCGCAAACACCUUACAGCGAGACGGUGCCUGAUCGAGAGCCUGUGACACCUGCAGCUGACUCGAGCCCCAUCUCCGAAGCCAUCCAAAGCUACGAGAAACCCAACACGUUCACCACUCCCAAUCUUGGGCUCAUUCCUCCCACACCAGAUCAGCCGUCGCGACCACAGUCGCCAUCUAACCAACCUGUUGCGGCUGAAGUUGACCGUCUUACCUCCCUGGCAGUGUCGCCAGCACUGACACCUGCCGCUUCUGUCUUUCCCGAGGAUGUGCAGGAUAUAAUGCAAAGAAAGAUAUGGGUCAAGCGGCAGGGUGCUUCGGCUACUCUUGUCAAAGUCAGCGAUGAUGACCUCGUCGACACUGUGCGAGAUGUAAUAUUACAGAAGUAUGCGAAUUCGUUAGGUCGAUCCAUCGAUUCGCCUGAUAUCAAUCUCAAGAUCGUAUCAAGAGAGCAGUCCAACAAGAAUGUACCACCAGAACGGAUGCUAGGUCCCGAGGAGUAUAUUGGUCGUACGCUCGACUCAUAUUACCCCGGCGGACAAAGUAUCGAUGAGGCUCUCAUCAUAGAGGUACCACAGAGGAGGACCCCGAAACCGAGUCCAAGAGUUGGAAACCAUCAUCCGCUCGGUUAUGUCUACUACGAUGACCACAGACCAAGCGAGGGAGCCAGAGAAUAUUUUCCCCCUAUGGCCGUCCACAGCCCACACUUGGCCAAUCAUGCUGUUCACUCAGUACCAAUAAAUGGUCCGCAUAUGGGACCACACAGCAUGGCUGUCCUGACCACUGGCCAGCUCCCACCUCUGCCUAGCCCUGGCGGCCAUAAUCGCAGGGAACGAAAACCAAAGCGACCAGAGUACGUUAGGCAGCAUACUAGUAGUCCUACCAUCUUGCAUUCUACUCAACCACAUUCUAACGACCUCCCCAAACAAACGCUGCCUAAUGGUAUCUCCUCUCAACUACCCAUGCCGACUCCUCCUGCCCAGGCUGGGGACCACAGACCAACCAUCACACCUCCAAGAACCACAAGUCCACAUCCCUCGAAAUCCUCCAAAAGAAAGAACAAGGGUGGUCCCACAAGAUCGAUUAAUGGUGAACCUCCACCACCCUCGAAGCCACAACAACCUGGAACACUAGAUGGGAAUGUUCCUCCCAUCAAUGUCCUCAUUGUUGAGGACAAUCCUAUCAACCUAAGGCUGCUCGAGCAGUUCAUGAGACGUCUGAAGGUGCGCUGGUCAACAGCAAUGAACGGUCGUGAGGCUGUCGAUACUUGGCGUAAAGGAGGAUUUCACUUGGUGCUCAUGGAUAUCCAGCUUCCAGUAAUGAAUGGGCUGGAAGCUACUAAAGAGAUUCGACGGCUCGAGGGCGUGAAUGGAAUUGGUCUGGGUCUACUUGGGGGUCAGACAGCGAAUGGUGGUAACAGGGUUGGGCAAAACGUUGACUCAGCGGACAGAUUGGCCGACAUGAGCCUUUUUAAAUCGCCUGUUAUCAUCGUCGCUCUAACUGCAAGCUCCCUUCAGAGUGAUCGGCACGAAGCUCUGGCCGUGGGCUGCAACGACUUCCUCACCAAGCCCGUCACUUUACCCUGGAUGUUGAGAAAGGUCACCGAAUGGGGUUGCAUGCAAGCACUGAUCGACUUCGAAGGCUGGCGACAGUGGAAAGCAAAUGCCGAGAACAAAGAUAAUGGCCUGACUGAGGAGCAGAAGAAGCUCAAAGAGAAAGAGGAAAAGGCCAAGCAAAAAGCCGCCCUAAAGGCUAUGUUCGCAGCCCCACCCCCAAGCAGGAAGGAGAAAGAACCCGCCAAGGAAAGUGAGAAAGAUGAGAAGAAGGAGGUGGCGGAACGAGAGCCUCUUGAUUCUCAAUCAGGUCUAUCAAGCAGAAAGACUUCGACCAGUAACGCGACUACGUCUACGGGUGCUUUGCCGCCUCGAGGAGGGAGAAGUGUGCGAGGUAGUAGUGGGAGCGGUACCGUACUGGAAACACACCAGGAAGAACUCGAGGAGUGA